AUGAACAACGAACAAUUCCGCCGUCUCCUCGUCAACAACAAUACCAAUAACUCGACCCAGAAAGCCGGAUCGAGUAUAUCUCCAUCCCAAAAUGCGUCUCGUGGUGGAGGCGCAACGCCUGCCUUGCUUGGGUCGCGGAUGCGCUCGAGCAUUCCUAUGACGCCUCGCUCAGUAACAGGCGUCGACUUCGCGCGCCAACUAGCCGAAUACCGACGCGACGGACAACCACCCACGAAACGAUUCCGGUCAUCUGCUGCGCCGAAGGGCACGAAGUUACCAGCGGGGUAUCAGGAUCGAGCGGCGCGACUACGGGAGACAGGGAAAGAUGAAGCGGACGGGGAUGAUCUUGAGAAGCGGAUUAAGGCGUUGGAGGAGAUGGUGAAGCUGGGGCAGAUUGAUCGGGAGACGUUUGAGAAGUUGCAGGUGGAGUUGGGGGUGGGUGGCGAUUUGAACAGUACGCAUAUGGUUAAGGGGUUGGAUUGGGAGUUGUUGAGGAGGGUGAGGGCUGGGGAGGAUGUGGAGAAGAAAGAGGAGAAGGAGGAGGCUGUGGAGGAGACGGUAGGGGAUGUGGAUGAGGAGUUUGAGAAGUUGGAGGAGCGGACGGGGGAGGAGUUGCCUUCUGCCCCCAGGGAGAAGGAGAAGAAGAAGGGAAUUAUGGCGCCGCCGCCGGGGAAGAAGUCGAGGGAUGAGAUUUUGAAGCAGUUGAAGGCUAGUCGCGCUGCGGCUGCGGCUGCGGCUGCUGAGCAGCAGGCGGCGGAGCCGGCAUUGGGGUCGAAAUUUAAGAGGAUUGGGGAUUCAAAGGUGGAGAAGAAGAGGUGGGUUGAGCAGGAUGAAAAUGGGCGGCGCAAGGAGAUUCUGCAGAUUACGGAUGCGGAGGGUAAGACGAAGAGGAAGGUGAGAUGGUUGGAUAAGCCGGGUGAAACGAAUGCUGGAGGUCUCUUGGUUCCGGAUAAGGAUGCGAAGCCACUGGGUAUGGAGGUGCCGGCUGAGGUUGCGGCUAAGGCGUCUGCUCCGUCGGAGGAUGAGGAUGAGGAUGUUUUUGCUGGCGUGGGUGACGAUUAUAACCCUCUUGGUGAUAUCGGGAGUGGUGAUUCCUCGGACUCCGAGGAGGAUGGUGAAGUCGGAGAGAAGCCAGCCCGCACCACCGAAACAGCGCCGAAGGAGACGCCGAAGCCUUCGGGUGAAGCACCAGCUAAACCGCGCAACUACUUCUCGACUUCUACGACGGAGACUACUGAAGAAGAUCGUUCGAACCCUCUGACCAAAGAUCCCACCCUGCUCGCUGCCCUCAAACGGGCUGCUGCCUUGCGGCGAGCCGAGCCUUCCGCGGAGGACGAGGCUGGCGAGGAAGAAGACGCCGACACGGAAACACUACUUCGGAGGAAGAAAUUCCUCGAAGAAGCCCGCCGUCGCGAGCAGCUGGAUGCCAUGGAUAUGGAUCUUGGAUUCGGAAGCAGUCGUGUUGAGGACGACGAAGACGACGAGGUGAUACUGGAGGAGCGUGGGGGCAAGAAGAGAAAACGUGGGCCCAAGAAGAAGAAGGGAGAUAAGGACAGUGUCUCCGAUGUGAUGCGUGUUCUUGAGGGAAGGAAGAAAGAUUGA